AUGAACAACUCAAGAAGAAGAAAUUUUCAUCUGUUAGGAAGACAUAGAGAUAUCCAUGAAGCUCCAAGAGACCAAAAGAUAGAAUCUUUAUUCAAGAAGAUUGAAUUCAUCCACUCAUCCCUGAAGGCCGGAACUGAGAUCAUGAGUGCUGGGAAGGAGUUUACUCUGGAGACAAUUAAAACCCCUUUUCUUUGUGUGGAGCUUAGACUGUUAGAUGGUCAGUUCAAGAACACUGGAAGGCUAUGUUUCUGGGCUAACUGGGCUGGAAGUUACUUGGCACAUUUAGCCAGAGAUUCAGAUGCUUUGAAGCUUUUUGUUCUUAGAGAAGAAGAUGCAUUGGUAGAAAGAACAAUGAAGAAAGUUGUGGCUGCUAGACGAGGCAUGAAAUUUGGUUUUGAAAAAACUGUUUGCAGUUGUGCUUCCCUUGGUUUUGGGUUGAGAUAUGAUUCAAUUUAG